CACACAAACAAGCCAAUCCACAGCACAACAACAACAAAAAAGUGCACAAAAUGGGAAGCCUUCAAGAAAAAGAGACCCCAAAACUUCAUGUAGUAGUGGUUUCAUGUCAUGCUCAAGGCCACAUUAACCCACUCCUCCAAUUCGCCAAGCACCUCGCCCACGUCGGUCUCCAAGUCACCCUCCCCGUCAUUUCCUCCUCCUCCGACCACCACUACCGCCACCUCCCCCGCUCCCUCACCGUCGACCACGUCCCUCUCCUACCAUACCAAGGAGCGGAGACAGAGACAGAGACCGUACUCGCCUUGUGGGAGCGGAGGAAGGAGUCAAUGGGUGUGUAUCUAAAGGAGCUCAUGAGGUGCCAUGAAGAUGGUAGCAAACGCAUAAGUUGUGUGGUGUAUGACUCGGUUAUUUCUUGGGUUCUUGACAUUGUGAAGGGGUUUGGAGUGAUGGGAGCAGCGUUUUUCACUCAAUCUUGUGCUGUCAAUUCCAUUUAUUAUAGUGUUUAUAAGCAUUGGGUGAGUGUUCCAUUGGACAAAGGGUGGAUUUGUGUUGAUGGGUUUCCAUUGUUUGAGGCGUUGGAUCUGCCGUCGUUCGUGGCUGAUCAAGGGAAGUAUCCGGGGUUUCUUCAGCAUUUGGCUGAUGAACAAUUUCAACGUUUGAAUGAGGCUGAUUGGAUCUUUGCUAACACUUUUGAUGCCUUGGAACCACAGGAAGUGAAAUGGAUGGAAAGCCAUUUUCCAUUCAAGAACAUCGGACCAAUGCUUCCGUCAAUCUACUUAGAUGGACGGAUCCCAAAUGACAAAGAUUAUGGGGUUAGCCUAUUCGAACCAAACAAAAGUUCUUCCAUGAAAUGGCUUGAUUCAAAACCCGAAAACUCGGUCGUAUACGUAUCAUUCGGUAGCACAGCCGAAUUGGGUAAGCCUCAAAUGGAGGAGUUAGCGGAAGGGUUGAAGCUAAGCACGAAAUCCUUCUUAUGGGUCGUGAGAGAAUCCGAACUUCAUAAACUUCCACCCAAAUUCAUCGACGAAACAGCUGAAAAAGGGCUGGUAGUAAAAUGGUGCCCUCAGCUACAAGUUUUGAGCCACAAAUCAGUGGGAUGCUUCGUUACGCACUGCGGUUGGAACUCGACGCUCGAAGCGUUGAGCUUGGGGGUGGGGUUGGUGGCGAUGGCUCAGUGGUCGGACCAACCGACGAACGCGAAGUAUGUGGAGGAUGUUUGGAAGGUGGGGAAGAGGGUGAGAAUGGAAGAAGAUGGAGUGUGUAAAAGAGAGGAGAUUGAGGUUUGUAUUAAUGAAGUUAUGGAGGGAGAAGAUAGUGAAGAAAUUAAUGGGAAUUUGGUGAAGUGGAGGGAGGUGGCCAAAGCCGCCAUGGAUGAAGGUGGAAGCUCUGACAUGAACUUGAAGGAUUUUGUGAAGCAGCUUUUGGGAAGAACAUAGAUUUGAUUGGUUGGAUGAGUGUCAUGAUGAUUAUGAUGAUGAUGAUCUAAUUAUUUGAUGAUUCCUUUGUUGUCUUUUUUUUUGUUUGUUUUUUUGUUUUUUUGUUUGUUUGAUGAUGAAUGCAAUAAGUUGUGUUGAAAUUCUUAAACGAGUAAUGGAGGAAUCUCGAUCUAUACUCUUCGGUUUAAGUA